CUGACAGUUUGCAUCAAAACAGUCAUUGAUUUGUGUUUUGGUUUUCAAUGAAUUCAUUGAUUCAUAGAUUCAUUGUAUCGUAAAUUGCUGUCAAUUGCCACACAAUUGCCAUUCAUUAGCGUUCACAUCAGUAUAGCAUGUAUUGAGUGUCCGGUGAUGUCUUCGCAUGUAGUGCUCAAUGGAUCCGAUGUGGGCUCAAUAGUGGACGACAAGCGCAAGGAUGGCACCGACGGUGUGGUGAGUGAUGUGGAGGCGGACCACACGAAUGGGUCGGAUGUGUUGGAAGUGAUGAAUGGUGUCAUAUAUCACGAGAAGCAGUGCAAACAGAUGUGUGCAAAGCAUGCCCUCAAUAAUCUGCUCCAAGACAUGGAUGCGUUCACUAAAUGCGAUUUGGACACCAUUUGCCACACUCUAUCGCCAAACAGUCGCUUCUUGAACCCUCACAAGUCAUCCCUAGGUUUAGGCAAUUAUGACAUUAAUGUCAUUAUCUCUGCCUUACAUUCCAAGCAUUUGGAGACCAUUUGGUUCGACAAAAGAAAAGACCCGGAUCAGUUGCAAUUGGAUCACAUCAAGGGAUUCAUACUAAACAUUCCGAACCCAAUCUACAACUCGUGCCGCAAGUGGACCACCAGUUCGUUGUUCUCAUUGCCAUCGAGUCUGCUGUCGAGUCGCAAGCAUUGGAUAGCCAUUCGGUCUUUCGGUCAACUCUACUAUAAUCUCGACUCCAAACUCGAUUCACCGCAACUCAUAGGAAAUAGAAGUCAAUUAAUCCAUUACUUGCGCGAAAAGAACCGCUCGAAUGACACCGAAAUCUUUGUCAUCGUAUGCCAACUGAUGGCAGAGAGUGUCGCAUGGAUUCGACAAUAAAUGAAUGGACAGUCGUAUGAGUCGGACAAAUACCAGUGCCUUAACAUAAAAUUUAUUUAAAAUCAACUGAUUUUCUCUUCAAAAGAGAAAUACCAUUAAAAUAAUGUUUAAAAUAAUGUUUAAAAGAGUUUUGAAAUUUUCAAUGUUUUUUGAGUACAAAUAUAUGUAAAUAAAUAAAUAAAUUUAUAUAUAAUUCUAAUUCCAAUACAUA